UUUCCUGGCAGUUGCGAGAAACGUAGUGCGGCAUACAGUACCACGUCUGUUUUUACACUACAUAGCGUCUUUAGUGGGUUACAGACAGAUGGUCGUGUUCACCCCAAAUGAGUGGUUUUAUGUACAAGACGUGCUGCAUGAAGAUCUACAGCGGUUUUUAAGACGUUCACCUGUUCCUGGAAGUACUCCAUUCAUUAAAAGAUGGAUUUUGUAUUCGUCAUUGAAAGAUGGAUUUGGAGGUCACCGUGCUUUUGUCACAUAACAUAUCUUGAAAGCAACCAGAAGAAUCACCUGCUGUAAAAAGGGCCAGGCUUCUGAUCUUGGAUCUCAGCAACAAUGUUCUCCACAUGGAUUGUGCAUAUGGCUGGAUUCGCUCUGCUGGUCAGGAGAGGCAUCGGUGAAAAAGAGUGUCCUCAUCAUGUAGUCAAGCCUGGGAAAGAAUCUGCAGUGCUGGAUUCCUUGAAGUGCCACAAUGACUACAUGAGCUAUGCCCAGUGCACAUGGGAGGUCGAUCCACAAAUUCAUCCACAAGAAAACAAGCAUAAACUGUACUACAGGGACGAAAGUGAUGACAUUGUGGAAACACCUUGCAUCUCGAAUGCAUCCGGUGUGCUUUUAUCCAAUGGGAAGAUCUCUCACAUGUGUCGUUAUGAAACUACUAGGUUUAACUUAGAAACAAGUCACAUUCUGUACUUUAAAGUGCCCUGUGAACCAAGAGUCACAACUCUCAGAGUUGCUCAGCAUGGAAAAGUUAGAGCGCCAAUUAAUUUGACAGAGAGGGUGGCUGAUGGCGGAGGUCGUCUGCUGUCCUGGAGAAGCCCGUAUCCCGUAUCCUCAAAUAUCACAGAAACUCUUGUGUACCAGCUUCAGUAUCGCGGGCACAUGCACGACUGGACUAUUGUGGAUAACAUCAAUGCUUCUGAGUAUUUGAUUGACAAGAAGUCAUUGUUGUCCGGUUACCGUUAUGAAGCCAAAGUGAGGGCGCGGGGUCCUGUGGGACUCUGGAGUGACUGGAGCCCCCUGGUGUCCUGGAAGACUUACAGUGAUGGAGCCUUUAACCUGCAGUGCGUGAUAGAGGGAGAAACGGCUGUGACGUGUACCUGGCAAAUUAAGACAGAACAGUAUCAGUUUAUGUCUUAUCAUCUCUGGUGCAAUAAUGGUGAUAAGCCCUCCAUUUGCUGUGAAGACCCUCAGCUGAAGUCGAGAGACACUGAGCUUUCUGAGUUUGUGUGUUCAGUACAAACCCCUGACCCUUACCUGUUAUCAGUGGAGCUGAAACCAGUGUACUACUCUAGGAAGUUCUAUAUUUCCAAACACAUUAAACUUUCACAACCUGACCGGAUCCAUGUGAAGAAAGGCGAUGGCUUUUUCAUACUGAGCUGGCCUAAACCAGUGUUUUCCGAAUUAAUUUCCGAUGUUCAGUUCUGCAUCGAGCUAAACAUGUCGACCAGCGAGACAUCAAAAAUCUUUACCUUUCUUGAGAUGGAGGACAGUUUUAACGUUUCCUUUACGCGGCUAAAUUCUUCAGCUGAAUACCAGGCCCAGAUCAGAUUAGUGGCUUCACCUGAUGAUGAUUAUAUCAUUGAGUCAUCACAAUGGUCACAGCCAGCAGUGUUCAAAACUGAGCCAGUUUCAUCACGCAUCAGCCUUGUGAUCUACAUUUUGCCUGCCGUUUUUGUGGGAGUGAUUUUUCUCAUCACCUUGUACAGCGGCCUACCAGUCUUACACAGGAGGAUCAAAAUUUGGAAAAGAUCGAUUCCAUCGCCCAUAAAGAGCAAAGUGCUGGAGGGGAUGAUGAAGAAGGCUCCCAGUGGAUGGCCAAACCUUCAGAAUGAGAAAGAGACGACCUCCAUCUGUGUACUUCUGGCUGCAGACAAUGUCAGUCUCUGCAAAAGCAGUGUCUCUUGGGAGCCGCUUUUGUUAAACAAUGAAGAUGCUGUUAAAACGGCAAGGUCAGGUGGAUCAAACAACUUGCAUGUCUACGUGAGGGACGGCACGUGCAAAGACAAAUCAGGCAUGGACUUCAGCGGGCCUUACAUUCUGUGCUGCGGGGAAUCCUGCACCCACGACAAACUACCUGACGGCUCUACGGACAGAGAUCGCAAGUGCGCGUUGGGAAAGUCGGAGAGCUCUGCACCAGAAAAUGACAGCUGCAUUGCAACUCCUCUCGCCGUCCUGCCAGCAACUCAAAGCACAGACCCCGGCGACAGCUUGACCGAAAGCUCUCCAGAUGAACCCCCUGCAUACAGCCCCGGCCCGGAGCAGGGUUGUGUGGUCGUCCCUCAUCCAUCCGGCUACUUCACGAUGCCAUGUGUCGGCACGGGCUAGUCAGAGCUGAGAGGAUACGUGACGAUCACGCAUUCUGGAACAUAACGAUCAAAGACUGACAGUUUAGACUGAAAACAGAGGGGCCUACAGAAGUGUGGGUGAAGCACAAUGAAUGGAGCACAGUCAGUGCUGUUCAGAUCUUUUGCUUUACAUAAACUGUCACUUUAUAAGCAACGUCUAGCGACGGAUGAAUGUUUCGCAUGGUCAUGUUGUAUUUGAAGGGGGUGAAAGACACAUUAGGACUCACCGAGUUGAAGCUGUUGAGCUGUGAAAGUCUCACCAAAAGAUGGCAGUAUUGUUUUAAAUGAAUGUAAGAAUUUAUUUUCUUUCCUCAGUGCAAACCGUGGAAAGCAAACAACGCAUUAGUGAUGAAUGCUUUUCCCACAGCGCCUCACAUACUUACAGCACAGAAUGUCCUUUCUUUUUCGCAGUUUUUCGCUUUUAAUUCAGCUUGAAGGACGUUGGCAACUUCAUUCACUAACCGGGCAGGCAGGUGUUUGUGCUGCUUAGGGACGUUUUCAAGCAGAAGUCAGUUUUAAAAAAACGACUGAUUCCACCAACACGCAAAACAUAUAAAUCACACGUUCAUUUGCUAAGGCAGUUUUAAACUAAUAGAAAAAAUAGACUGAUUAAGCUAGUCUACAAAUGUUGAAAUAUUUGGCCAAUGGACGAAUUAAAUUAAACGUGCUUUACUCGGACAUUGUGUGAAAUAAGGGCUAAUAUCAAACUAGUUCUCUGUGUUCAGAACAGUAUUGAUUCACACUGAUAUCACACUGCGCAUGCUCUCUAGUAAGAGUCCACGAGAGCUCGGUGCAGUUUGGUUGAAUGAGAUUAUUGAUUUGGAUUAUUGCAAACUUUAAAAAAUUAAGACGUUUAAAAUUAAAGUUUGAAAAUCUUUGACACCGCAAAUGCCGUUGUGUGUUUGCUGAGGCAAAAACAGUUAGUCAAAAGCAUGCACAACCAAAAAACUUACAGCUUUCUCUGGUUUGGGAGAACGUAUUAAAAGAGGUUUUUUUAUGCUGGUGUGAUUGCAAACUACUCAAGCACAUGGCAAUAAAGAUUUAGCUAAAGCUUAA